GAACUGAAAGAAUCAGAGAUGCCGCUUUCGUUCAUGCCUUGCAUAAAUCUUACUUAAACCCCUGUGCUUCAAAUCAUUGAGUUUCUGUAAAUAUCGCCUUUUCCUUGAGACGUUGCAAAGUUAAAUCUGUUGUGGAAAGAUGACCUUCUUUGACCUGAACAUUCCUGUAGAACAGGAAGCAAUCGAAAAGAACAGGGCAAAAUCUGCAAAGAACACUAGGGUAAAAUUGGUAGUGAAAGCAAUGGAAUUAGGGUACAGUGGAAUAGCCUACAAUCGCUAUGUGUCUGGAAUUAUUGCGGACACAGAUCGCUGUACAAUAAUUUCCCUUCCACUCUCUUCUCUGGUGGAAGCUUCUCCGGCACUGGCGGAGAAUGUGAAGUUUCACAGGGAGGUUUUAGGUUUACCCGUGGGAGAAAAGAUGAGGCAGUAUAGCAGAGUGACAGUGGGCGUGGAGAACAUGUUGCAGGCGGCUGCAGUAAAUCCUAAAAAUCCCGUGUUGUGUACCUAUGAUUUGUUGGCUGUUCAUCCUAUGAAUCUUAACAUGUUUGAACACGCCUGCCUCAAUUUGGAGGUCGACUUGAUAUCACUAGACUUGAGCCAGAAGCUUCCAUUUCAUUUGAAAAGUUCACUCAUUAGAGCUGCAGUGCAGCGCGGAGUCUUUUUUGAAGUCAUGUAUUCUCCUUCCAUUUCAAAUGUACAUGCUAGGAGGGAGAUGUUUAAACAAGUUCAAAUAUUGAUAGAGUGGACACAUGGACGAAAUAUAAUUGUUUCCAGUGCAGCUCCCAGUGUAAAUGAACUGAGAGGGCCUAAUGAUGUUAUGAAUAUGUCUACACUGUUUGGUUUAUCUAAAGUGCAUGCAAAGAAAUCAAUUUCUAUGAAUUGCAGGUCACUAAUUCUUCGUGGAUUAACCCGAAAGAACUGCUACAAGAUGGCAAUUCAAGUCUCUAGCCAUCCACCUGAUGGGAUUAUUGGUUCAGAUAGAGCCUGGUUUAAUGCUUUGGAAGUUUGGGAUCCUAUCUCAAGUGGGGAAGGUGAUGUAGUUUUGAAAGAAAAUCUGGUUGUGAGUGGUCAAUUGAAAAAUGAAAAAAGUGCCUCGUCUAGGGGAAAGAAAAGGAGUCGAGGUCCUCGUCAAUCAGUUUCUGUAUCUUCUAGUCACAACAAUAGUGUCCUGUUACAUCAAAAAAGUAUGCGUAUAGAUCCAGAUACUUCCAUUUGUGGCCUUAGGCUAAAGGAAAGCAAACUCACUUCUGAGACAAACAUUAAAGAGCAGAAUCCUGGAAAUGAAGAGGCCAGCGUAUUCCAAUCUACUAGAGAUAGCAAUAAAUUUAGCUUUUCAGAUGCCAUGGAGUUUCUUCCAUUUGAUUGCAAUACAAAGCAUGCGACAGCUAAUGGUAUUGAGGGUACUUUGCUACAAACAAAUGAUGCAUUGGCAGAUGGCAUUUCACAGGUUACAGAGUACAAGUCAAUUACAAACAAAAACAUGCAGCCAUCUAUUGUAACUAUAGAUGCCAACAAUAAAUUUAGCUUUUCUAGUGCCACUGAAUUUCUGCCAUUUGAUCAUGGUACUAACCAGGUAAUAGCUAAUUGUAUUGAAGGCACAUUGAUUCAGACAGGUGGUGAGCUUGUGGAUAGCAUUACAGAUUUGACGGAUCACAAGUCAAAUAUAAACAAAAACAUGCAGUCAUGUGAUGAUGAUAGUGAUGCAGAAAACAUUACUAAUAUUACACCGUCAAGCUCAUUGUUCUCUGUUGGUAAGGGUCCUGUAAUUCCUGUUACUAAAGGAGCUUUAAAGGUGUGUAGAGAAUCCUCAUUACCAUCUGAUUAUGGUAGGGAUUCAAGAUUUAUUAAAAGAAUUUCUGUUUGUGAUAAUGCUUCACAGAGGGAAGUAUCAGAAUUGAAACCACAUGGUAGAACCAUUGGGGUUGAAGUGCAGAGAAGAGCCCCUCUGGUUUUGGGAUCUGACAUUGAAAUGAAUGGACUAAAAGACAGAGCAAAUGAGAUGCAUAAUACAGAACCAAACGUGGAAAAAAUAAAAAUGGAUUCAUAUGAUGUUUUAACGGAGGCAGCAAUGUCAACAAAGGGUGUUGUGGAAGAGAGUGCAGCUUGUGUCAAUGCUGAUGCACAUAUGGAACUCAUUCCUAAAACUGGUAUAGAGAGAAAGUUACGAAGGCAAAAACUCGAUUCAAUUACUAGCUUGUCUCUCCGAGGCAUGCUAAAAUCAGGUUUAUUCAAAAAGAAAGUACAAUCUAGAACAGGAUCAAAUUCAAACAAUAAAACAAGAAAGAAGAGGUGAGCGUUACAUCAAAUUGCUUAUGAUUGAGGUACAUUUGUAAGCCAAAAAGGCAUGUAAAUUAGCCUGUUUCUCAAAUUAGUUGUUUCCUGAUUGGGUGAAUACAUGCAAAAUGCUGCCCGAAAAGCUUGAUUGAUGAGCAUCUGCACAUAAUAUGUUGUGUCAAUAAUAAACCUGUCAGGAAGGACACUGUUUUCCAGUGGGCAUCAAAUCCCCUGGUAAUCAAAGGUAAAAACAAUGUAUUUUACAUGAAUGCAAACCAUAAAAGUACACCAUAUGGGCUUGCUUCAGGGAGCUGAGAUUUCAGUCUGUGCCUGCAGAAGACAACUUAUCUCCAGUAUACUUUCAUAUUACUGUUCCAAUUCUUAGCAGACUACUUCUUGCUAUCAGAUAGAUACAACCUUGCAAAUAUUACAUAGAUUAUCAGUUGGCACUUGAUUUUAUUUCACUGCCAUGAAGAGUAACGCAUUCAUAAUUUUAUGUACACAAAAACAAUUCUAAAUUGCCAUUUUACUGAUCAUUUUCUGAUGAAAUUUAUUGAAUUUGUUCCUGUGGAGGAUUUUGUUGAAACCCACAGGAGCGUGGGAUUUUAGUUGAAUGUUGGUGCUUUAUGUAUGAAGCGAAUUGAAGGGGAAAUAUUUAUCACUCAUUCACUUGUUA